AUGAAAUCUUAGAUUCCUUUAACCAAGAAACCAGGAAAAUCUCUUCCCAAAUCAAAAGACAAUCAAACUAAUCAAUCAGGCAAUUCUAAAAAGGAAAUCACUAAUGAAUCUAAUGGCUUUGAGGCAAACAAAUAGUAAUUAUCCUCCCCGAAUCCUGUUGAAUAAAAAAGAAAAUAAAAUUGUCUUUUUGAAAUAGUAGAACUAGCUAACACUUUAAAAGACGAUGACAAAGUAAACGGGCUAAUCUUUAAGCAAAUUAUUAUUUCUAUUGAAGCCAAAUUGACUGAAUUCUAAGAAAGAUUAGAUAAUAGGGAUAAUCUCUAAGAAUUAAAUUCACACCUUCACUAAUUACAAAAUCUAUAAUCAAGUCCAUACAGUCCCAAUGGUAAUCAAGGCAAUCAAAAAAAGGAUGAUUCACGUAAUGAUACAAGUGGAUUACUUCGCAAUUAAAGUCAAAUGUCUUUACCUUAAAAUGAGAAUGUUAGUAUCUUGAGUGGCUAAGAGAAGAUCAAAAGUCCCUUGGCUAGACGCUCAGUGUCUAAAUAACCUACAAUUAAUCUUGGUGCUUCUUCUCAACAAGUCAUAUAAGAAAAUAACAAAAUUGCAGCUCUAGAAAAAAGACUCAGGUCUAGUGAAGACAAUUAUGUUAAGCUGUCCAGAGAAUUUCAAGAACAAUCCAAUGCUAACAACUAGAAGUUUGAAAAAACCAUCAAGGCUCUAAAUGAGAAAUAUUUAGCUUAUAGUACUAUGAAUUUACAAUAACAAUUCAACGACAUCACUGAGAGUUAGAAGGCCCUCAUUUCACAUCUACACCAGCAAUCUAAAGAAAUCACUGAAUUCAAUAACGGCUUAAACUAAUUGAAACAAUCACAAGAUGCUUAAAUUAUAGAAGUUCUUAAUAAAAUUGAACAUGCCUUACAAUAAAAUAAUGAAAACUUUGUUAGAAUUCAAUCGUUGUCCUCUUCACUUUAGGCUAUCGAUGCUGACUUUAUUGUGAUUCUAAAGUGCUAUAAGGACAUCUUGAAUGAAAUCUUUAAAAUUGAUUUAUUAGAAUAAUAAUAAAAGAAAAUUGUAUGUUUACUUUAAGAUGAAUAAUGA